AUGUGGGCCUCCACGGGCCGGCCCGUCAUUCUCCACGACGUCGACUCUGGCGUGCUCUCUUCAGCGAUGCCCUAUGUCGGCGACGCACUCACUACAGUGUGCGCUGUUCGUGAGACGCACCCGGGCCGAGUCACGACUAGCACUGUUCUGGAGGAAUCGUGCAGUGGCAACCCCUGGAUGGUGAUCGAGGCUCUCCCGGAGGAUCCGGAGAUCAAACGGGAGAUGCUGGGUAAAGUCGAUGCGCUCGUUCCCGAGGACUGUAUCCUGGCUUCCAAUAGCUCGACAUGGCCGACAUCAGCUCUGAGGCACCUCAUCACUCGGCCGGAGCGCCUGCUGAACACGCAUUACCACCUACCGCCGCGAAAUACAUACGUCGAGCUCAUGACUUGCGGCGUCACAGACCAAGACCUCAUGCCAUUCCUCAAGAAGCAGAUGAAGAGCGUGGGGUUCAACCCCCUGGCGCUCCCUCAUGAAUCGGUUGGCUUCGUCUUCAACCGGAUAUGGUCCGCCGUCAAGUCCGACACGCUGCGCAUCCUACAGGCGGAACUUGCUUCGCCCCGGGAUAUCGAUGCCCUCUUCCGAGACUUCUUCCACGCCGAGAAAGGGCCUUGUGAGAAGAUGGACGAGGUUGGGCUUGACACUGUGUGGCAGGUUGAAAGGAACAGGGUGAACAUGGGGGUGGUGGACGCCAAGAAGGCGGGAUAUACGGAUUGGCUGGAGGAGAAUUACGUUUCUAGAGGGAGGCUUGGAGAGAAAACGGGGGAUGGGCUGUAUUCGGCUGAAGAGAGGAAGCUCUUACGUGAGAAAAGAGCUCGGGCGAAGAGCUCCUAUCUGAAGUUGCGGCGAUGA